AUGGAGUCUGAAAUUGAUAGUGCCGCAUUUUUAUUACACGGUAUGCAUUUAGCGGUGUGCACAAGUGCGUUUCUCACUAAUUUAUUGCUAUUAUAUUUGCUAACUCGAUUUACCGGUGAGUUAGACAGUUUUUUUUUCGAUUUUUGCAAAAAUUUCCAGAAAAAAUUAUAUCAAAAUUUAAUUUCAGUAUUCCACCAUCACAUGAAAAUCAUAAUGAUAAAUUUGACACUUUCGGUAAAUGCCGCAGUGUUUUAUUUGCUCAUUAGAUCUACAAUUGGAUUGGUGCAAAUUUGGCGAAAAACUGAGAAUGAUGAAAAAUAUUAUGAGGUGAGACUCGGAUUUUUAAUUUUAGAAAUUGUUUUGUUUUCCCUAAUCCCAUCAUAUUUAGUUUCAAAAAAUCCCAAAUGUUCCAUCCACCUAUCACUUAUAACACACUUCAGUAAUCCAAUAAUAAUUUCCAGCUGCCAAUGGACCCGGCGGAUUGCGCAUUUUCGGAAUCCGUUCCUCAAACUCUUUGCGUUCUUUUCUUCAUGUUUCCGCUGAUUUUGGUCACCGAGCGAUGUUAUGCUACCCAAAAAUUCUGGCAAUAUGAAAAUGAGCAUAUUCCAGCUGUUUUUGGAGUGGUUUGUGCGGUUUUGGUGAGUUUUUUUUUGAAACGCCAAACUCUGAUAUGGGAACAAUUCUGGAUUUUCAGUGGAUCCCGACAAUUGUCGAAGUUCUCUCGUUUCUUUUCCACCUCUCAUUUCCCUCAUCUCUUGCAAUUUGUCAAAUUUCAAUGUUGCACAAAACGUUUCUUCAACGAAAUAUUUGGUUCAUUAUCGUUUCGACGUUUUGUCUACUUUUUGCAGGACUUUUCAAGUUUUUGGAAAUGGUGCGAUUUAAGCCAGCCAUUUUUCUCAAAAAAUUCAAUAUUUUCAGCAAAACAAGGCUAACGAAGACGACUAUGUCAAAAAUCACUACUCAACGAUUUCGAUACGUUUUCAAAUUCGUGAAAAUAUCAAAACUUGCCGAUUUGCAGUUAGCCUAAAUUCCCUAUUUUUUGUCUCAUUUCUAGUCUUCUUCCUAUUCGAUCAGAAUAAUGGAAGCGAUUUGGAAGAUAGUGCAAUGAGAAGGGUAGGUUUGAAUAUUUAAGAUGAAAAUUGAUAAACUUGGUGUCAAUAUCACAUUUUUCAGGAAUACCUCUUUCUAAUUUUUCCUAUGUUUGCCCUAAUUUACGCGGUCCAUUUCAUCACAUCCCAUUCCCAGCUCUUCGACAAAGCCAAAAGAACCCUUCGAAGUCUGAUGCCCGGUCAGAUCGGACUCAACAAAGAGCAACAAAAGUUUCUACAAUCCUAA